CUUGUCAACAUGAAGACUGUCUUGGCAUUUGCUUGCCUGGCCCUAGCCUUGGCGGGCGCUGUGGUGGUUCCAAAUAAACCCGUCUACAAAAUUAAGUCUGUGGACAAUGAUUUUGUUGUAAAACAGAAGAGAAUUUUCAACCUCUUCAUCCACCCUGAGCAAGUAGAUCCUGAAGCAGAAUACUAUCAUGUCGGCAAGGACUACGAUAUUGAGGCCCACAUUGAUGACUAUUCCAACAAGAAGGUUGUCCAAGAAUUCUUAGACUUAUGGAAGUCUGGAUUUUUACCAAAGAACGUUCCUUUCUCUGUCUUCUAUGAAAGACAAAGGGAAGAAGUAGUUGCCCUGUUCAAUAUUUUGUAUAGUGCUAAAGAUUUUGAAAUCUUCUACAAGACCGCUGCCUUUGCGCGUGUCCACAUUAACGAAGGACAAUUCCUGUAUGCAUACUACAUUGCUUUGAUCCACCGUGCCGACACUAAGGGCUUCGUUGUACCUGCUCCUUACGAAAUUUACCCCGAACUCUUCACCAACUCAAAUGUUUGGUACAAGAUCUUCCGUAUUAAGAUGCAGAAUGGUAUCUUCUCACCCGACUUCGGAUCUGAGGACGGAAUUGUCCAUGAAGGAGAUCGCUACGUGGUAUACUCCAACUAUUCAGACUACCUAACGUACCAUAACGAUGAACACAGGAUUUCAUACUUUACUGAAGAUGUCGGUUUUAACGCUUUCUACUACUACUUCCAAUCCUACUUCCCCUUCUGGAUGGACGGCGACUUUUUCCCAGUAAUAAAGGACCGUCGUGGAGAAAUCUACUACUACGUCCACCAACAACUGUUGGCCCGUUACUACCUGGAACGUCUUUCAAAUGGAUUAGGUGAAAUUCCUGAUUUCUCUUGGUGGCAGCCUAUUAGGAGCGGUUACAGUCCCUACGUAAACUACUUCCACUCCUUUGUGCAAAGACCCUCGUACUACCAAAUCCCCUAUGAAAAGAAUGAAGAACUUCAACUUUUGGAUACCUAUGAGAAGACUUUCAUUCAAUAUCUUGAACAAGGUCAUAUCAAUUCUGUUAAUCAGGAGGUCGAUCUUCACAACUCUAAGUCAAUCAACUUCGUGGGCAACUUCUGGCAAGCUAAUGCUGAUAUGUGGGGUAAAGGUGGACGCAAGGACAACCACAACUCCUUCGAAGUUACAGCUCGUCGUAUUCUUGGUGCUGCUCCUGAACCCGUGGACAAAUAUAACUUUGUGCCAAGCGCUCUGGACUUCUACCAAACUUCUCUUCGUGACCCCAUCUUCUACCAAUUGUACAGCAAGAUUCUUAAAUACAUCGUCGAGUACAAGAAGUUCCUGGCUCCUUACAACCAGGAUAACUUACACUACGUUGGAGUUAAAAUCAAUGACGUUAAGGUAGACAAAUUAGUUACAUACUUUGACUACUUCGACUACGAUGUAUCCAAUAACGUAUUCUAUAACAAAGAAGAGCUCAAGUCGCAACAGUAUCCUUGGUACGUAGUACGUCAACCUCGUCUGAACCACAAGCCAUUCAAUGUAAAUAUCGAUGUUAAGUCUGACGUUGAAGGUGAAGCUGUGUUCAAAAUCUUUAUUGGACCUAAAUACAACAGCAAGGGUUAUCCUAUUUCCCUCGAAGACAACUGGCAAAACUUUGUUGAAUGGGACUGGUUCGUACACAAGCUCAACAAGGGACAGAACAAGAUUCAGCGCCAAUCUAGUGAUUUCUUCUACUACAAAGAUGAUUCCGUCCCUGUCCGUGAUGUUCUUAAACUUCUUGAAGAAUCUAAAAUCCCUGCUGAUAUGGCCAACGAGUAUGGUUCCUUCCCCAAACGGUUACUUGUUCCUAAAGGAUCUCUUGGUGGUUUCCCCUACCAGAUAUUUGUGAUGGUCUACCCGUACUCUCCAGUUGAUAAGAAAUUCGAAGGUUACAAGAGUUUUGCUGCGGAUAACAAGCCUUAUGGUUAUCCAUUCGACCGCCCAGUUCGUGAAUCUUACUUUAAGCAACCUAACAUGUUCUGGGAGGAUGUUGUGGUUUACCAUGAAGGAGAAGAGAUGGCCUACAAAUACAACAUUCCCUACUAUUCAAUUCAUCACAAUGAAGUUGUCAAACACUAAGAGGAGAGAGAAAUAUAUUAUUAAAAAUAAUAUCUUAACAAUGUAACUCAUUAUGUUUAAAUAAAAGUUCGUUUCAAUAUAAA